UGGGUCAGAGCUUUUAUAUUAAGUGUCCCGGAUCCUGUUACCUCUCUCACUCUCUCUCCGGUGCCAUGGAAUCCCGUAGCCCCCAAAGUUUUAUUCUCUCCGGUUCUCAAAUCAUCGCAAGGGAACUAUAAAUGUAACUACCAAACCUCGCAGUGCUUCCUUCUCACGCCUUCUAUUCCUUGUUCGUCGAAGAAGCUCUUUAUACACCAAAAUAUAACCUCAGAUAUCGCGUCUUCAACCGUUUAGGUUACAUUUUACGUGUAAUAAUUGGUUGUUUCCUUUUAUUGGAUCGAUUUUCCUUCUUGUAACCAUCGGUUGAAGAGAAAAAGAGAUUCUCCGCUGACGCUGAAGAAAUAUUUGUUUGCUAUGUUGUAGUUCGAAUUAAUAAUAAUAAUAAAGCGCGUAAGUGAUACAAAUAAUAAAAUAGAAAGAAAAUCAGAGUUGAAAAAUACUUAGUAGAAGAAGAUUUAGCGCCAUGUUGGAUCUUAAUCUGAAUGCCGACUCGACUCAGAGCCAAGACUCGGUGAUGCUGUUGGACAAGUUUCCCGAAGCUUCUUCGGGAACUUCGAAUUCCUCCGUGGUGAAUGCGGAAGGGUCGAGUAACGAGGACUCGUGUUCGACACGCGCCGGCGAAGUGUUCACCUUCAAUUUCGGAAUCCUUAAGGUCGAAGGUGCCGACGACGUCGUCGUCUCAGCGACGAAGGAGCUGUUUCCGGCGAGCGCGGAGAAUAGGCAAGGACAGAGUUCGACGUCGUCGUUUCAGGCUAGGAAGAGUUUGGUGGAUCUCUCGCUGGAUCGCCAAAACGGCGAGGUGAAGGUGGUUCAGGUUCAGCAACAACCACAGGUGAAGAAGAGUAGGAGAGGUCCACGGUCUCGGAGCUCUCAGUACAGAGGAGUCACCUUCUACAGAAGGACCGGAAGAUGGGAAUCGCAUAUCUGGGAUUGCGGGAAACAAGUCUAUUUGGGCGGAUUUGACACCGCUCAUGCCGCAGCCAGGGCCUAUGAUCGAGCUGCAAUUAAGUUCAGGGGACUUGAUGCGGAUAUCAAUUUUAAUCUUGUUGAUUAUGAGGAGGAUUUAAAACAGAUGAAAAAUCUUUCCAAGGAGGAGUUCGUGCACAUACUCCGCCGUCACAGUACCGGUUUCUCAAGGGGGAGUUCAAAAUACCGGGGAGUGACACUUCACAAAUGUGGCCGGUGGGAAGCUCGAAUGGGACAAUUCCUUGGAAAAAAGUAUAUAUAUCUUGGGCUUUUCGACAGCGAAGUAGAAGCUGCAAGGGCUUAUGACAAGGCAGCAAUCAAGUGCAAUGGAAGAGAGGCAGUGACUAACUUUGAGCCAAGUACAUAUGACAGCGAAAUGAAACCUGAAGCUAUCAAUGAAGGUGGCAAUCACGAUCUUGAUCUCAAUCUGGGCAUAGCAACUCCAGGACAUGGUCCCAAAGAAAACAUAGGUCAUCUUCAGUUCCAGCAAGUCCCAUGCAGCACGCAACCCGGAAGAAUUUCAAGGAUGGAGACUAAUUUUAGUUCAGUUAUUGGUGAUCCUUCUUUGAAAAGGCAUGUUGUAACUGAAGAGCGUCCUUCUGUAUGGAACGCCGCACAUUACACUUUCUUUCCCAAUCUGGAAAUAGCAGAGAGAAUCGGCAUAGAUCCUUCAAAAGGAGUCCCCAACUGGGCGUGGCAAACACAUGGCCAGGUUACUGCCAACCCAGUACCACCGUUCUCUUCUGCAGCAUCAUCAGGAUUCUCAAUUUCAGCUACCUUUCCACCGCAUGCCAUCUUUCCAACAAAAUCAGUGAACUCAAUUCCGCAGAACCUCUGUUUCACUUCAGCCAGUGCACCAGGUAGCAAUACACCGCAAUUAUAUUACGAGGUCAAGUCCACUCAGGCACCAUCCCAUCCUAUCUAGUAAUGCAAGUAAAAAUGGUAAAUUGCAACAGACCUUUGCGCUUAUAACUCGUUGUAUAAUUCUGUUACUGCUUGAUGAAUACUUAGAUACUGAUUGCUCCUCUUGGUUAAGAACCAUUAUUCCCAAUCGUGUAUGAAGAAAAGAAAAAAACGAUUUUCGAGAGCACCAAUUCUAUACUAGAAUUCUCUUAUCUUCAAAA